AUGGCGGCGCAGCUGCACGCGCCCAUAGACGCCGACCAGCGGCAGGAGUUCCUCAUCAACUGGAACGCUGGACCUCUCGGCGUCGUGCUGCGGCCCGAUGCGGGCCACGACGCGUCUCCGGUCGUGGCCCAGCUCCUGCCGCAGCCUUCCGUGGUCAAGAUGGCAGGCGUGCGGGAAGGCGACGUGCUCAUCAGCGUCAACGGCACAAAGACGACGCACUUGGGCUACGAGAAGGUGGUGCGGUUGCUCUUCAAAGAGCGCUUGCCGAUGAUUCUGCACUUCCGCUCGCCGCGUAGCGGGCGUGGCCGCGGGCGGGCGCGUUCGAGUAGCUCGACGCGCAAUCGCGCGACGUCUCGAGUGCCCAUGUUGGAGGAGGAAUGUUAUCCGAAGGUACCCGUCGAGGACAAAGUGUCUAGCAGCUCGCGGACAAAGAAGCGGGAGAAGAAGAAGAAGAAGGAGGGAACAAAGACGAAAGGAGACGACGACGUCGACGAGGACAACGACGACGUCAGGCACAAGAGCAGAAGCACAGAGACAGGCGAGCGCCGUCGACAGCGGAAGCAGUACAGUGUCGUGUGGGAGCGAGGCUCGCUGGGCCUUUCGUUUCGCGCGUACAGCUCGAGCGUGAACGUUCCGUGCGUCGACUUUAUCAGUGCAAGCCGCGGUCAGGGACGCGGCAUGGACCGCAUUUGCGUCAAUGACGUGCUCGUUGCGAUCAAUGGCGAGAAGACGAAGGCGCUCGGGGUGGAGAAGGUGCUGCGAUGGCUACACGUUGUGGACAAGCCCGUGGUGUUGCGGUUCUAUGCGUCUUCGAACCGCGUAGUGCUGGACUCAGCACAUGGAUUGUAUGCGGACCCGUUCGAUGCACCGUACGACGAGACGUUGAUGAUGCAGAAGAGACGACUGGCGGUUCCUCAGCCUGAAGGGGAACCGGCCCCGCGUCCUCCGCGUCGGAAUAAUAGUGUGGACCACGUUGUACCUGCUCACUACAAAACAGAUCGAGGCCCUUUUUGUCGCAGCGAGGACGAGUUGCAGCGGUCAAAGGGUCCACGACAGUACUUGAGGGAUUAUACUACGCAGUUUGAAACGCAGUCGCCAUCGGAAGCCCAGGAGUCACCGAAGUACAGUCGAGCAUUUGAAAUUCAAGCCAAGCAGCGACGGCACUCGUAUGGCUUGAUAAGUGAUUACGCGGGAGAUCGAGAGCUUGUGUAUGAAGAAAAUGACAAGGUGGACAUCUUUGAUCGAGAGCCGCCUAUGCGUGCGCGGCAGUUUGACGUGAAAAGUGAUGCGCGCAUGAUGUCGCAUCGUCACAGACAGCAGGAGGACGCAGGUCGCUUUUACGAACUCAAUCAGGCACAAUUGCCACCCACACGAACGCGUGCUCGUUCAAGUGCGGCCCAGCAGCAGCGUGCACUCCCAGAGAGCAAGUCGGCACGAUCAAAGGUGACAGUUUCCGCUGGAGCCGCGCGCCCACGGCUAGCGUCACAUGACAGUCAAGUCAGCAACUCGUCGCAGAUGAGUUUUGAUGAGGCCGCUGGCGUUGUCGCUCGGGCGACGGGUAAGUCCGUGAAAGAAUGCAAGUUUGGGGGUGUGCCAGUGCUUGACAUCAAGGAAGGAACCGUGCAGUCAAAGCUGAUGUAUAUUUACGCCAAGGCUUGCUUGGCGAUGGAGAACAAAUCUGACAACCAAGAUGCGUUGGGAGACCACGAACCGCUCCGCACUUCCAGACACCCGGUCAGUCGAAAGACACACCCCAAUUUUUUGUCGUACACCAUUUUGCAGGAUGACGCUGUGGUUUCGAAGUAUAAGGAGAAAAAUCGUGGCACCAGCAGCAGAGCUGUGGUCAAGCAGAAAGAGAAGCACAAGGCUGAAUCUACCAACGAAAUGGACUGUAGCAUCACGCCUGGGGUCACCGACCACAGGCCCGAUAAGAGGAUGUGGACUAUGCAAAAGGACAUUGACAUUACAGUGUCGCCGGUUGCUGACCGGCCUCAUUCUUCGGUAGACCCGUCUUGUUUGACAGUCAUCGAUGCAGCCACCUCGACACUUCCUCCGCAAGCCCAUGCGACCCCCACUGAUGAUUUCAUUUCGCUCAGUGACUUUGCGGUGCAGGAUGGAAGAGUGGUUGAACGCCGCCCUACAUUGGGGUUUAGUAGCAUUGCAGAUACUCCAGUGCCAUCAGCGGUGGGUGGUGAUGCCGAAAAGAGUGAGGGACAGCAAGAGGAGCUUUCAGCGGUUGACGAGACGGAUGUUAAGUGUAUAGCAAGGAUCAACGCUGAAUCUAUUGAGGGAUGUGCGACGGUCGAGUCGAAGUUGACAAAGCCACCACACGACGCUUCUGAUGAUGGCCACCAACAAAAAGACCGAGUUGCGGUCGAUCAACGGAUGGAGUCGCAUGAAAUGAUGACUGACGUGCCUGGAGGAGAGCAGAAUGGUACUAACGUGCACGAGUAUACUGACGAGAUGCAAAAAGGUGCGGCGCGCGAGCACAAAAAUGGGCACGAAGAUGACGAUUUUGCCAGCAUCGGCGGUAGUAACGAACGAGGUUUGGCUGCAGGUGUGGCGUCUCUCGACGGUCUACUUGACUUUUCACUCAAUGACGGCAGCCACGAUAACGAGGAGUGUGUCUACGCUGAUGCCGGUUACGGAGUAAGCGAGAGAACUGGUGCGGGUGAAAUAGAGCCCGCAAGCACGUCGUUGAUUACAAAGCUAGGAUUUGAUCAUGCACGGAAGGUUAGCAAAACGAAUGACAACGGAGAUGAUGAAGCCUUCGAUGAGCGUGGAAAGCACAACGAGAACGGAGAGUACGAGGAGAACGAUGUAGACGCCGGCGUUGAGGCACUGUCCGAUCCGCUAGUGAGCACACUCUUCCACAACCACCCGGAUGUUUGUGAGGUCAUUAAGGACAAGCCUGCUUGUGCUGUGCUUGUGAAGAAAAGCAUGAUCGACGAGAUUCAGGAGAUACUUCAGAGUCUACAGAUGGAGGUGCACUUUGAGCGUCACUCAACUACAGCAUUUGGUUCAACGGCAAGUCCGUCGCGCAGUCUGCCACAUAGCUGCGAUACUGAUGGUCAGCAUUGCUACCGGUGCGGAACCACCUGUGAGCUAGUGGAGCUGGAUAUCGCACGAGGACAGCGUGAGCUCUACUGUCCAGAAUGCUGUGAGAUGUUUUUCUUCAGUGAGGAUUGCCAGUCACCCGUGGCAAGAAGUAGCAAGGUGCUGCAGGGCGCAGAUCGAUUGACUGCUGAUACGGAUGCACCUGCUGAGGUAGUUCGAUUUGAUGACAGCUCCGUCACCAGCGGAGACAUAGUUAACCCAUGGCGGUACAACUUGCAACGUAGCGACACCUCGUCGUCUACUCGGGGCUCAGACACGCCGAGUAUGACAAAACCGGUGGACGAAGUGUGGCUAUGA